AUGCGAUAUUUGAAUCUACAUGACCUCAGCUACCUCCUGGUGCCUACUCUUGCUCUCUUCUAUCUUCUACAACGAAACAACCAAGCAGUCGUGCCAACAUCCGAAGACACUCUUUCUACACCACUUGUCACAUCAGAAAACUCAAUCAAAAUGGUCAAGACUCUUCCUUUCGCCGGCAUUCGCGUCCCGGUUCCGGGCUUUGGCGCGAUGGGCAUCACGUCGUUCAUGAGCACUAGGAUGUCCGCCGAGCAGGCAGAGCCGGUGCUCCUCAAGGCCAUCGAACUGGGCUGCACCUUCUGGGAUACUGCUGUCGCAUACGACGCGGGUCUGAACGAAAAGAUCCUUGGGGACUUCAUCCGCAAGCACAACGUCCGCGACAAGGUCUUUGUCGCUUCCAAGUGUGGCUUCGACGUCUUCGGCGACUUCAGCGUCACAAACUCCAGAUCUCAUAUCAGGUCCUACAUCAACGGCACCAUCGAGAGGCUGGGCUUCGCUCCAGACUUGUACUACUUGCACAGAAUCGACCCUAAGACCCCGCUUCAGGAAUCCAUCGGUACUCUAGAAGAGCUCCGCAAGGAGGGCAAGACCAAGUACAUUGGUCUCUCAGAGUGCUCAGCCAAGACGCUGCGCGAAGCUAACUCGAUUGCGAAAAUCGACGCUGUUCAGUCAGAGUAUUCCGCCUUUGAGACAAUCCACGAGACCACAGGUCUGAUCGAGACGGCCAAGGAAUUGGACGUCGCCUUUGUGGCAUUCAGCCCGCUGGGUCACGGCUGGCUGGUCGAUGACUUCCCGUUCCAGAGCCCGGAUGACUUUGCGCCGGAUGACUUUCGCCGAACGUCCCCCAAGUUUCAGGGGGACAACUUUUACAAGAACAAGGCCAUCGCGGACGAAAUGAAAAGGAUUGCCGCCGCGAAGGGAUGUACACUCGCGCAACUAGCGCUGGCUUGGGUCGCGGCCCAAGACAUGAUUACCAUCCCGGGCACCACCAAGGUGAAAAGGUUGGAAGAGAAUUGGGCGUCUCGGGAAGUGGAACUGUCGGAGGAUGAGAUGUUGUCGAUCCGGAAGCUUGUGGACGCCAACAAGCCGGUGGGCGACAGGUUCGCGGGGCGCAAUGCGGCGGCCAUUGGCCACUGA